CCGCGUGGGUCAAUGAGUUGCGAGAGGCGGCGGCAGAGCCGCCGCUGCGACCCCGCGUUUCUGCCGCGUCUCCCGCAGGCCCCGCGCACGGCGCUGGUGUCCAGCUCGGCAGCGACCCUGAAGUUGAGGAGCUCCCGUCCCAGUGCUCAUCCCCGCCGCCGCCUCACGGUCCGUCUGUGGAGGCACACAGAGACCGCGCCGGAGGAAGCAGCAUCUGGAGGAGGAGGAGAAGGAGGAGGAGAGGACGCGUCCCGUGUCCGCGAGAAGGAGGAGGAGGACGAGGAAAACGAAGAGGAGAAGGCGGCCUGUGCGUGAGCCUGGGCUGAUGGCCGCAAAGUGCUGUGGAGCCAGGCGAACGGGCGGGACGAUGGGGACCCACUGCCCACCACCAUGAGGACGAACAGCAGCAGAUACCUGCCAGAAAUCCCACUGGAGCAGCUGUACUCUCCAGCACCCACCAUCAAGACCAGAGCCAGUGGCGGUGGCUGCCCAGAGCAUGUCACACCGGUGUCGGCCAAGGAUGGGCAGCUGCUCUCCUCUGUCAUGCGGACCCUCACCACACAGAGAAGAGAUACUUUAAACAAGAAUAUCGAAGUGCCUGCAACCAUCAGCCAGCAGCUUGGUGUACCAACUGCAGAACAAAGUUCGCAAGCUACAGAUGUGUCCCAGUUGUUAAUUUGUGACAUGCAGAGAGAGAGGGUAGAUCACAACAAUUUUCCCUCCUGCUUCAGCAGCCCCUUUAAUGACCAGCCGAUAUGCAGGAUCUGCCAUGAGGACAGCAGCCAGGAAGACCUGCUUUCCCCUUGCAAAUGUACAGGAACACUGGGGACCAUUCACCGCAGCUGCCUGGAACGCUGGCUGACCUCUUCAAACACCAGCUACUGUGAACUCUGCCACUUCAGGUUUGCAGUGGAGCGCAAAUACAGGCCAUUGGCGGAGUGGCUGAGGAACCCAGGCCCCCAGCAUGAGAAACGGACUCUCUUUGGAGACCUGCUGUGCUUCUUUUUUAUCACUCCACUGGCGAGCAUCUCUGGCUGGUUGUGUCUGAGAGGAGCAGUGAACCAUCUGCACUUUAGUAGCAGACUAGAAGCUGUUGGCCUUAUUGCACUUACUGUCGCACUCUUCACUAUUUACCUAUUUUGGACUCUAGUAUCCUUUAGGUAUCACUGUAAGUUAUACAGUGAAUGGCGUCGGACCAAUCAGCGUGUGAUACUCCUACUGCCGAAUUCUGCCAACAUUCCCUCCAGCCAGCAGUCUCUGCUGGGCCUGCAGUCCAUCAAGAGGAACUCAAAGGAGACAAUAGUUUGAUUUGGGCAGUUAUGCAUAGGGGCCAUGCACUAAAAAUACAUCCGUCAAACUCACUGGCAUCAGGCACUGUCCAGAACACUGAAGUGUGCUACUUUGAUUUACCAACUCUUUGCAGAGGAAUAAGUCACUGUUUGUUUGAAUUUAAAUCGUGGAUGCUGCAAUCACAUGAUUUUUGCUAAGCUGCCAAACUUUCUUAUUUAGCAGAUACU